ACUGCAGCUAGACCUAUGUUUAUAACACUGUCUAAUCUAGCCUUCCCAAGUUAAAAGCGCAGUAGUAGGCUAUAUAGUGCUUUGAAAAAGUUUGGACAAGCCAACAACGGUUGGUGGUUUAAGAGUCACUACUCUUAGUAGGCUAUUCCGAUUUAUAAUGUAACGGCUAUUCCGUUUAUAUUGUGAAACUGGCCAUUUUAAAAACCGUUAAUGUUAGCUAAAUUGCUAAAGCGAACGUAGCAUUCUAGGGUUGUAAGAUAGAACUAGAACUCAACGUGUAAAUUAGCUUCUAGUUGAAUAAGAUAUGGGGUAUUUUAGUAAUUCCCUAUUUUUUCCCUAUAUCAACAAGACAACAGAAUAUACUGUGCUGGACUAAUAGCUGGCAAGAGAGACAGGCGACAAAGAAACUUCACUGGGGCAUUGUAUCCUCAUAAAUCUUGUAGUGCUAGCUCACCACCACCACACUAAUCUCCUCGGGGGCGGCUUAACGCUACGGCAGCAGGCUGUGUGCCCCAGGCGAAGUCAGCUCAGUAGGCUACGGUGCUCUCCGGGCAUGUGUUAUGUUUAUAGGCUAUGUUCACACCAGUUCUUUGGGUAAGUGAGUGGCAUCUUUCCUUAGUUUGCGAUACGUCCGUCUGAAAUGUUGCAAACAGGGUAUGACCAAGUGUGACUUGAGUUCAAUGUUCAGUUGUGUUACUGUGGACUACUUUGAGAGGCAACUCAUGUCGAAAUGUUUUUUGUGUGCACAGGGAGUAGCCUACUGAAACGCUUGCUGUGAUGUGAAACUUUCAAAAAUGUUUCUAUGGGGAUACAAGAAACUAUUAAAAGGCUUACAAAGCCUUCACUGAAGUCAAAUGGCUGGGCGCAAUUACUAUGGGAGACAUGGUUGGACUCAAAGUGAAUCUGGGCACAAGAAGUCCAGAUUGCUGCUGCAGUGUAACCUGCCCCAGUGUGAGGAGAAUGUUGAUGAAGUCCUGGAUCUUCUGUCAGCCUGCAGUGAUGAUCAGAGACCUCACCUGGGGGCAGCCCGUGGCAAUGCACCUGUCCGAUCUACCUUUCUAGUGGAGCCCAUACUCCGACAGCAGCCUUUGAAUAGUGUCACUAUGCCAGGUAAUGACAGUUGUCUGUGCAGCUGGAAGAAAGGCAGCUCAAGUACGACAGAUCAGAGAAACAGAAUGUGGGCGAAAAAAAUCACAUAUAGUGGUAGUAGCAUCCCAAUUACUAGCAGCACAUCUCAUGUUUGUACAACCAGACAUGACAGCCUGCCACAUAGGAAACGCUGGGAGAAGUCAGAAGGUGAUCUUGCCAGAGUGGCUCCCUUUGCUUCUCUGGAGUCUCAAAGGGUUGGAGAGAGGGCAUUCUGUUUUGGCAGGGAUCAGGCAGACGGUAGGGGGGCAAAGUUUGAGAGUCAGAGACACCCAAAACAGAGGGAGAGCCUCUCCACGUUUGAGGAUCUUCUGGACUCGUCCUGGGCGUCGGCUGCCUUGCACAGGACGAUGCUGGACCUGGAGAACAACGAACAAGAGAGCAGCUCCUCCUUACUCCAGCAGUCACCACUUAGGUAUUCUCAUCGUAGCUCAAAGCCUCAGCUGAUUUUUCAGGAGGUUGAUUAUCUUUCACAGCCAAAUUUAAGCCUGUUUUCUGUUGAAAAUGCUAAGUCGUCGUCACAAAGCUCAGGGAUAAUGAGGAGUCAGACCCAAGACAGAAUUGUGAAAUCGGCCUUUGGUCCCAGGCUGUCGCCUCAGGAGGAGCUGUGCCUGCAAGAGGCUCUGUCACAGUCCAGUCACAGGCCGAUCGUGUCCAUGCCUGAGAGAGACGUAGAGCCAUCCCAUCUUCCCUCCCGCGACACAGAAUGGUGUGAGGACUGUGGACUAGCCGUGGCCGAGCCUGUGGCAGCAGGAAAGGCGUUAGUGCCAAAUUAUCUGUCAUGGAGAGAGAAACUCGAAAUGAAGGACAAUUUGGACCAAGCAAAUCUCAAAAUGAAGGAAAGCUGGAAGUCCACUCAGGGAACAUUGGAGCAAAACCAUGGAGAUAAGAUCUUGCAUUCCUUCAACGGCCAGUUGCAGCUGGGCAUCAGGGGGCCAUUAAAAGAAGCCAUUCCCUCUGACGGAUGGCGUCUCUCCUCAAAGCAGAAGCACUUACUGGAGAAAACGCAUUCAGUCACAGGACAAAGCAGUAAAGUCAACCCUGAACACCUCUCUAGUCAGGGGCUGAAAGACAUGUUGAAAGCACUGCGGUCGUCCACACAUCUUCAGUCCUGUCGGCUUCCUGGCAGCAGAGAGAUUUACGACCCAGCCCAGGAGGUUGGGACAGACGAGAGGUUCCAGGCUCUGUACAGGUUUCGCCUGCUGCAGCAGUGUUUCCGACGCUGGGCUCACUUGUGCAGGUGUCUGGCCAUCGCCCGGCAGUGCCACCGGAGGAGGGUGCUCUCAUCUGUCCUCCAUGCCCUGGGUCAGGCCGUGGAGAAGCGCCACGCACAGACACACACACUUCAGCAUUGGCAAAAAGCUCGGACGCUCGCUCAAGCAUUCCAGCAUUGGAAAGCUUGUGCAGCCGUCAGACAAGGCCAGAGAUCUAGCUUGAGCAGAGUGCAUGAUGGGACUGUGGAGGACCUGAGGAGGAGGCUCACCCAGCCCAGUAGCCCACUGGUGCUCCGUGAGACCUACUGCACCUGGAGGAGACACUCACAGGGCCAGGAGGUCCUCAGGGCAGCGCUCAUACACUACCACCUGGCCCUGCUGUAUAAGCACUGGCUGCGGUGGCGGCGUGAGUGUGUGAGGCAGAGACAGUGUGCAGAGCGGGAGGAACAGGCCGGGCGAGUGUGGCACCUCACCCUGCAGAAACACACUUUCGCUUUCUGGACAUUAGUCAGCAUCAGACACCAGCAGGCCCGACAGUGCUGGAGACACCAGCUGCAGAAACGAGCUUUCACUGCCUGGACAUCUGCUCACCAAAGACAACAGCAAGCCACAGGCCAGCACAGGCUGUGUGUGUUGUCCGCUGCAUGGCGUGUGUGGUUGGAGCGCUUGGAGAGGCGUAGGAGUGGUCGUCUGACGGAGGCGAAGGAGAGUGCUGAGUUGAUCAGGAGGAGUGUCCUCCAACACUGCCUCCUAGUGUGGUGGAGGAGAACUACCACUCGUCACAACAACAGAGAGAGAUCACAUCUUAUAGCCAGGAGGUUACUGCAGCGCUGGCGUCUGCUCUCCCAUCAGCACAGUCUCCUCAGACUGGCCUGCAGCCUCCAGCAACUCUUCUCCAGGAGGACACUAGAAGUGGCUUUCGGGAGGUGGCGUGCAGCGACGGCCCAGGCGGAGGUGAUGCGUAUCCAGGAGGAGCGAGUGCGCCUCCUACAGGACAGGAGGAGACUGCAGGCGGCUCUGAGGAGGUGGAGGAGAGCACUCAGAAUCACCAGAGGAGUCACACACCUGCAGAAGAAGAACCAGCAGACACAGAUAUCCAAAUGUCUUAAGGCCUGGAGGGGGUUGGUGUGGCAGGGAGCAACGCUAUCUCUUGUGUGGGACCUACGGGAAGUGAGGAGGGUCAAACAGAGUUUUCAGCAAUGGAGGACUGCCACGGAGCUUCACACUCAACACAAACACCUGCUUCUGUACCUCCUGUUCUCCAGACAGCACAACUUCCUCCAAGCCCAUGAGCACACACUCCUGUCCGUCAGACACCGCACACCUGAACAAAGACUCAACGAAGAAGACUGCAGUGUGAUGGUGAGCUCAGUGCUUCUGGAUGACCGAAGGACCUUGGAUGAGCUUUGUGACCGUCUCGUCCUGCAGAAGACUCUGCACACCUGGAGGGAGCAAGCACUCAAUAUGCACAAGGCCAGGCUGCACUGUGUGGCGCGGGGGCGAGAGCAUGCUGGCGUGCUGCUGAGGCGCUGGCACCAGCUGGCCCAGGAGGAGCUGAGCAGCGGCGUGCUGAGGUUCACCACCAGACUGGCACAGCUGGCACCGACAGGCACACACACGGCACCGCUGGACACCGCCCGCUCCUCAGGGUACUACAGCAGCGGCCCUCUCUCUGUGUCCAUGCUGGAGAUCACGGCUGAGAGUGGAGGAGUGGGCUCCCACACCAACCAGAGUGGAGCCGAGCUGAGCGACUGGUCCCUCAGCCUGAGCCACAGAGAGGCACACUGCCCCCUGCAGGCCUCCUCGCCACACUACACCCAGCCAGCAGAUGUGUGUGUAGCCGAUGAGACGUCUGCUAGUUGUUCCCUGCACCCGAGUGCACACAGAUUAAAGGAGGUUGCCAGGGGUGCUCUGGCCAGGAUGCUGCAGCCGGCCCUUAGCAACGCCUUCCGCCAGUGGAGGAGUGUGACCACAACGAGUAGAGCGACGAGACGUCACGCCGAGUUCCACAGACAGACGCAGACACACACACUCCUCAGACGGGCUUUCAGCACGUGGAAGAGGGAGAUGCAGAAGCACGAGACAGCAGUGAAACACAGGCACCACACUUUGCUGCUGCGUAGUGUGUGUGUGUGGAGGGAGUGUGUGUGUCAGAGAAGGAGAACUUUGGCUCUGAAGCAGAGGGCAGAAGAGUUCCGCUGCAGCAAACUCCUCACACAUAGCUACUCAUGCUGGAGACAGCAGUGCUCUUUGAGACCAGUGCAGUGUAACCCAGAGGAAGAGGCCCUGCUAAUGCGUAAGGGGGCGUGGCUCCAGAGGUCAAGGGUUAGACGGAGGCUCAGCUGGACCUUCAGCCUGUGGGCCGCCCGAGUCCGACAGAACCGCGCCGUGCAGGCCGUCUACACACACACACUACUCAGCAGAGUGUUUGUGGCAUGGGAGGUGUGUGUGCGCUCUCGCAGGCAGAGGACUAUCUUGGCUCAGGCUCAUUUUGAGAGGAGUGUGUGUGUCCGAGCCUUCAGGUGGUGGAGAUCCAGCACGGCUCAGCAUCAACUGGCCUGCCUCAGAGCUACACACACACUACACACACUCGCCUCUAGAUGCCUGCUGUGCUGGAACACACACACACAACGUAACCGUGACCAGCUUGCUCUGCUGCGUGAGUUUGAGGCGAUGAGGACGAGGAGGAUAAAGAGUGGAGUUCUGCUGGUGUGGAUUGAGGCUCUGGAGAAACAUCAGAGGGCUCAGCAUACACAUUAUCAGUCUAUCGUGAGGAGCUAUCUGCAGCGUUGGCAGUGGCACGCACAGCACAGUGUGUGUGUGCGGGCCGUGUGUGUAUGGCUGCAGGGUAUGCGAGAGGAGCGUAGUUUGCGCUGGGGUCUGCGCGUGUGGCGGGGCCGUCUGCGACUGCGUCUGCGCAGAAGAGAGCGCGUGUGGCACAGCGUGGGUGCAGUAGCGCUGGUGUGGAGGGAGAGGGCGCUAGAGAGCAGAGCACAGAGGCACCGAGAGGAGAGGCUCACACUGCUGGCCAGACAGUGUCUCACAGCAUGGAGGGACUACACCGAGAGUGUGUCUGUAGAGCGAGUGCUGGUGUGUGAGUUUGAAGAGGAGAGGAAGAUGAUGAUGAAGAGCAGAGCUCUGGCAGUGUGGAGACAGAUGGCUGAGAUGAGAUGGGUGGAGCGGCAUUACCACUCCAGACUGCUAGGGGGCGCUCUGCACCACUGGAUGAACGCUCUGAUUGGCCGGAGAAGGAGCCGGGAGGGCGCGCUGGCUGCAGCGUGUGUCUGGAGGCGAAAGACUUUGCGGAGUCGAGAGCUGAAGGAGCGAGCGCAGGAAUUUCAGUGGCGCCGCUGUCGCUUAGCAACCCUCACACACUGCUUCUUACGCUGGAGCAUGGCAUGCACACACACACGCAUCAGCCAAGACUUUCACCGUCGGACAGUGUGUAAGAGAGUUCUGCUGGGUUGGCAGGACCACACCGAGGCCACCCAGCGGAACCAGUACAAGGAGGCCUGGCUCCAGUGUGCCCGCGAGCAGAGGCUGCUGGGGGCCUGCUUUACCCGCUGGCUGGAGGCGCUGUGCCAGGCUGGCCUCAGGCAUGCCGCUCUGGAGCAGAGGCUGUGCCAGCUCAACAGGCGGUGGAUGGCACGCAGCCUGCAGUACUGGAGAGCAGCCACUAGGGGGCGAGAGGCACACAGGAGACGCAGCAGGAGUCUGUUGCAACAGUGUUUUAGUGUGUGGAGGGAGAGCACAGAGGAGCUGUGUGUGGCUGAAUAUCUGAGAGUCGAGUGCGAGAGGAGGACGGCAAGAGAGGCUCUCAACACCUGGCUCCUGUGGACUAAAGAUCGCAGAGCACAGAGGAUGAUGGUAGAUGCCAUGUGGAUAUGGUUGGAUGGCAGGAGGGUUUCUAGAAGUUUCCACCAGUGGCUCAGAGCUCACCAGCGCCACCAAGAGGCCUCACAGCAUCACAACAAACUACUGCUACACAGAGCGUUUCAGGGCUGGCACUCAGCGUGUGAGGACACAGGGGCGCGAGGGUGUGACACGCUCGUGCGGCAGGUGUUUCACACAUGGAGGAGGACCACGCUAUCCCAGAGGGCCGAGCGAGUGUGCUUGGUGCGCGUGUGUGAGGCGAGGAGGAGGGGCGUCUUGAGGGCCGCGCUGAGCAUCUGGAGGGAGAAGGCUCAUCGGAGGGUGAGGUUGUGUGAGGGUGUGUUCUCACACUGGUUGCAGUUUGUUCACAGGAGACGAAAAGUAAAACAGGCCCAGAAACAACAUAAACUCAUACAGCGGUACUGGUGUGUGUGGCGUGCAUGUGUUCAGGAGAGGACAUCCCAGACGAGGCUGCUGCAGCUGCACUGGGCCUGCUGGAAGAACCGCACCGCUGUGUCCCUCAUCGUAUCCACCAUGCAUAAUGACUCAGUGCAGCAGAGAGCUUGGUUGGUUUGGAGGAAAAGGAGAAUAAGAAGCCGAGUGGCACUGAACUUCAGUGCCAAUCUGAACAGAGCACUGCUGUCUAAGGCCUUCACUGAAUGGAGAAGAUUGGCACUGCAUACAAAGUAAACUGUGUGUGUGUGUGUGUGUGUGAGUGUGUGUGUGUCUGUGUGUGUGUGUGUGAGAGAGAGAGAGAGAGAGAGAGAGACCCUUCCUAGGAACUGUAUGCAGCUGCUUUAGUAAGUUAUGAGACAUUUAUGAGCGCCAGUCUGACAUGAGGUUACUGUAUGCUCACUCACAGGCGUGACCAAAGAGAAGAGCCAUGUUUCAUUGUCUUUAUUGGUUUGUCUUUAUGAACGUUUGUAUUUAUUUAUUAAUAAAACACAUAUUCCUUGAAUGAAA